UUCGUUUUUCCGACCCGACGACGAGACGAUGUCCGAUGCAGUCUGCGCCAACUGCAGCAAAGUGAACCUCCACGCACUCAAGGCCGCUCAUACGGGACAUCUAGCAUGCCUGCGGGCCGCAUUCGCCGACAAUGCAAACAAAUCGUGUGCAGGCGACAGCAAGGGAGCGACGGCUCUGCAUCUAGCCGCGAGAGCAGGACACGGCGACUGUCUCGAGUGGCUGCUGAAAAACUCAGGAAUGGACGCCAAAUGCAAGGCCAAGAACGGAGAGACGUCGACUCACUUGGCCGCAUCACAAGGAAAACUGGAAUGCAUAAAACUCCUCUACGCUCACGACCCGUCCACCAUAACAACAAAAGAUCGCUACGGCCAAAUCGCUCUACACCUGGCAACCCUAAGAGAGAAACUGGAAUGCGUGGAGUGGCUGCUAGAAGAUGGAAAGAACUCACCAAAGGCAAGGAAUCAGACGGGAGCGACGCCGAUUCAUUUUGCAGCAGCCUUGAAUGAUAUUAAUUGUGCUAAGGCGUUGAUUCGAGUGGCGGGAAACAAGGCGGUUAAUGUCAGAGAUGAUAAUGGUACAACACCCAUCUACUUUGCUGCUCAGGAAGGUCACCUAGAAAUGGUAAAGUACUUGGUGGCCACGUGUAAGGGCGAUGCUCUAGCACGAUCUUCAGAUGGCAUGACGUCCAUCCAUGCAGCAACACAAGGAGGCCACUUGGAAACGCUGCAAUGGUUGGUGAAGAAGCUAGGAGAAAGCCUAGUGACGGACGCAGCUGCAGAUGGUGGAACACCAAUACACUUUGCAGCAGCCAUGGGUCAAUAUGAGUGUCUCAAAUGGCUCUUGAGCACCAAGAGAGGAAAGAAAGCGGUGCAGAAAACCGACAGCGACGGUGGCACGCCAGCACACGACGCAGCAGACAACGGACAAAAGAACUGUCUCGCUCUACUAGUUGCCAACGGCGCCGACCUCCACAUCAAAGACAAGGACGGAUACACGCCAUACGAGCUCGCAGUACAAGGAAAACAUGACGAGAUCUCAGAGUACGUCAUCCAGCUGACGGGCGGAGACGUCAGCAGAAACCAGUUGUCACCAAAAGGAGGCGAACAUGACCAUGACAACACACAGUUCGACGCAUGGAACGAAGCAGUCGGUCAACGAGACACAUCGAAGCCGAUCAUGACGCCGAUCUAUUCGAUGUCGUCACUCAUCAGUGACCGAUCGCUUCAGCGACGGCCGGACGACUCGACGCCACAGUCGCCAGUCGAAUCGACGACGAGCGAGAUCAUGUUCCGACCAAAAGAUCCGGCGCUUGCUAGACUGGUGGAACAAUCCAAUUCUAGGAGAGUCAGUGAGACACCGUCACUAGUUGAUGGGCCGUCGCCACCAACGCAGGAAGAUCUCGAUCUCAUUGACCCGGUGAUUCCAUCCACACCGAAAUUCGCAAGAGCUCAUCUUGUCCAGACGCCAAAACAGUCGUCGAUGAGAGCGCGUGUGGUUCGAACGCCACAGCAAUCGCCGAGGUCUACACCAAGAACGAUAGCAAAGAGACUGACGCGUGAACUGGAUGAUGACGAUCCUGGAUAUGCAAAGCUGGAUUAUCUCCAGAAAAAUGAGGUUGGCAAAGAGUCGGAGAGUGAACCAAACUUGCCACUCGUUGAUAGCAAUGACGUCUAUGCAACGGUCAACAAACCGUCACUUCGACAGAAACAGUCGAAGGAAACGGAGGCAAAUCACACGGUCGAUAAUCGUCGAUCGUCGGUGUUGGCGGACGCUCUCAAAGUUGCGUCCGAGACGGCGUUGCUUGAGAGUCCGUCGAAGGCUGAAAAUCGUCCGACUGAUUUGAGUGUUGAGACAAACGUACUGAAUGGAGAAGAGCCGCCAGAGGCUCCACCUGUGCCGAGAGAGUUAAGUUUCGGAAAGACUGCACACUCGCCCGCCGUGCCUCUCUCACAAUUGGAUGAACAAUCCGACCCACCUGCUCCACCUCCAGUGCCAAUACAUUUAGGUGGUCAGCAGUUGGAGGUUGGUGUAGUGCCAGUAGAAGAUCAGUUGGAGACUGGUGUAGUGCCAGUCGCUCCUCCUGCUCCCAAGAGUUUAGAUUGGCCGGCAAAUUAUAAAGAGACACCAGUGGAGAGGCAGUACAGACAUAAACAGCCACAGCAACCGUUGCCGUUUCAACCCUCACCAAAACUUCAUUCUCUUCAGUCUGGAGUAAACCCCAUGGACCCUCUUAUGGCUAUGCGCGAGCAACGGAAAGCAAAACAGCAGCAGCAGAUCGAACAAUCGAUCAAACGAAGAGUGUCGAAUGAACAAACCCGAGGAGCCAACUCCGAACUCAAACGGAAGCUAAUAGAACGUCAGCACCAAUUCAACGACAACAAACCGGUAGAAAUCAACGGGCAACACACAACCUAACAAAACAACUGCAUGUGAUACUACAAAUAGACUUGAUUGAUAUCAACUAGCCACAUGAUGUGAUAUAAUUUCUAUUGAAUACAUAAUUCGGGUUCGUCAGUUAUGCUGCUCUCGUCCAUUUCCAUUAGGCUGUCGUCC